CAGCCUGACCUAACUCCGCUCCAGGGCGUCUGCAGCCCUGCAGAGAGGCGAGCGGCCCUGGCGCGGGCGGAGCACCACUCAACACGGCGGCAGGCAGCUCUGAGGCGCGCAAAGGCGGAGCCACUCCGCAGCGCCAGCCCCCUUGGGUGGGGCGAGGGCGGAGGGGGUGAAAUAGAGGCGGGCAUGUGGCUAGAGAUCGCCAGGAGGAACGUCCUAGGCCAGGUAGAGGGACCUGGAGCCUCAUGCGAAUUGUGCUUGGCAGGGUGUGAGCCAGGGCCCGGACAAGGCGCCUUCCUCCGAUCCGUUGCUUUUUGCGCACUGGCGCGCCUUCUCCAUGGCUACCCGGGUGCUGAGCAUGAGUGCCCGUUUAGGGCCCGAGGAACCCGUUUUCGCGCAGCUCAAGCCCGUACUGGGAGCCCGAGAGUCUGCGAUGUUCCCAGGACCGGGCCCCGAGGAGAUUAAGCAGCAGCAGCCAGGUGGAGGAGCCAGGAUCCCUGUCGAGGAGAUGGUGCAGGCACGAUGUGAACUGGAGAAAUAUCUGACGCCCCAGCUUCCUCCGGUUUCUACCAUCCCAGAUCAUAAAAAGUAUCGUCGAGACAGUGCCUCAGUGGUCGAUCAGUUCUUCACUGACAGUAGUGAAGGGUUGCCUUACAGUAUCAACAUGAGUGUCUGUACACAUCUGAGAACUGGCCUUGUCAAACCUCAGAGGCCGACGGUGGCCCAUAUUAAGACAGAGCCCAUUACUGCCUUCAGCCACCAGAGUGAAACUGCUCUUCCAGUUCCUAACCCUACCCAGGCGCUUCCUGAGUUUACGAGCAUCUUCAGCCCCCACCAGGCUCCCGAUGUGAACAACCUCUUCAUCAAACAGGAGCUUCCCACUCCAGAUAUUCACCUCUCUGUCUCGGCGUCCCAGCAGGGCCAGCUAUAUCAGCUUCUGAGCUCGCCGGAUUUAGACAUGCCAAACCCUACUACGCAAACUGCGGUGAUGGACUCCCUUAAUAAUGUUUCUAUGUCCUCCGCCAUGGCAGGCCUUAACACGAUGUCCUCUGCUAUGUCGCAGAAUACAAUGAAACAGUUCCAAGGGAUCCCCCAGUGCUCAUACCCAAUGCCAAAUCAGUUUCUUCAGCAACAAGCCACUUAUUUCCCUCCUUCUCCUCCAAGCUCAGAGCCUGGCAGUCCAGACAGACAAGCAGAAAUGCUACAGAACUUAACCCCUCCUCCAUCUUAUGCUGCUACUAUUGCCUCCAAGUUGGCAAUUCACAAUCCCAGUCUGCCCACAAACCUCCCAAUGAAUUCACCAGCUAUCUCUACAGUCAGAUACAACAGAAGGAAUAACCCAGAUUUGGAGAAGAGACGUAUUCACUACUGUGAUUAUCCUGGUUGCACUAAAGUGUAUACGAAGUCUUCCCACUUAAAAGCGCACCUGCGAACUCAUACUGGAGAGAAGCCAUACAAAUGCACGUGGGAUGGAUGUGACUGGAGAUUUGCUCGCUCCGAUGAGUUGACCCGCCACUAUAGAAAGCACACUGGGGCCAAACCUUUCCAGUGUGCCGUGUGCAGUCGCAGCUUCUCUCGGUCUGACCACUUGGCUCUGCACAUGAAGAGACAUCAGAACUAGGCUGGACUUGUUCAUGAGGCUGUUGGUAUCUAUGCAACUCCCUAGUGACUCAACUCAAGUAUAUACAUUCAAUUAGAACUAGCUAAGGAUUUCACUGUAUAUGGACUCUUCAUUUUAAAACAGGAAAAACCUAGUAAAAGGAACUGGAAAUGUAUAUUUUGUAUAUUUAUGAGGAAACAGGGAAGACACUGUGUUGCAAUAUUUGGUGUGUGUUGCCAUUUUAAGGCCAUUCUGUUCUCUUUUUCCUCUUCACACACCUUACUUUAGCCCUUUCAGGUUUCAUCUCAGGGCUGCCUACCAUGAGAUAAAUUUUGCAGACAUGGGCUGGUCAGCUCCAUGUAUGUAUAUACCAAACACAUUGUAAAAUUGGUUACUCAAGCACCUGGCUUCUGUGGAAUUUGUGAAGCCUGUAGUGAUAAUUUACAGACACAUCCUUUUAGGGAACAUGGAAUUUGGGAGUUUGCAGAGAACUCCUGGAGCCUUGAGGUGGGCAGAGCUGCUCAACAGAGCAAGAGGAAGUUGUACCAGAAGCUACAGAGAAGCUGUAUGUGUUUGGCAGUAAAGCAGGACAUUUACGACUUCAUUGGUAUUGCCUUCAUGUAACUGAACCUCUAAAUCAUCACAGUGCCAUUUCCCAGAGUUUAGCUGUUCCACAUGGCAUGUCUUGAAGCCACUUAUGUGGUGUGGAUAUGUUCAUAGUCAUUUUCCUCUUGUAUAUGGAAAUGUCUAUGGACAUAUCCACACCAUAUAAUGGGUUUAAUAUGUGGUGUUCCCCAGGGAACACCAUUGUUUUCUUCUGAUUUUGGGAACAGUGGGGGGGGACUGGAGAUCUGGUGGAUCAAACUAUAGUUCCCAGUAUUUUGGAGGAAGCCAUGGUAGUUAAAGUGGUACAAGAUUUGUUGUAUAGGUAUGCCCCAACUCAUGUCUGCAAAAUGAAACAUGGAAAGUGUCCCUAAAUGUAAGUAUUAUGUCUCAAAAGCGCUAGUAUCUAUGUUUAUAAGUGUCCUGACAAAAAUGCUGCUCCUCUUGUAAGCAGUGUUUAGGAAAUCCUAAUUUAAUUUGAAUUUACAGCCAAAUGAAUCUAGAGGACAAGCCACAACUUAUUUCUGACCGAAUUUUACUGGAUGUUUUAAUAAAUGUGUUUAUAUUUUAUAAAGUUUUCUUUCUUGUGGAGAUGACAUAUAUAUAGACAAAUUCAUGAAUAGCCAUAGAACAAAAUGUUCAGUAUGUUGCAUGUUUGCUAUGACAAAGAUUUUGUAAAUAUGCAAAUCAGCUUAUUAAUGGUUUAUUACAGAAGUGUUUUCUAGAAAUCAGCUGGGACAAGUAGCAGUCAUCUUCCUUUUGACACAGUUGAAUAUGGCACAUCUCAAAUCAAAUGGUUUUUAAAUACCUCUCAGCAUGGUACCGCCUUGGUUUCAUUUAAUGAGCUUGCAAGUCAAACUGUUCCGUUCACACUGACGUGAUGCACUGAGUAUUCAAAACAGGAUCAAGUUGUUGGGUUUUUUUUAAUGUUUAAAAGGACAAAAAUACUUGCAAAACAUGAACUGCUAAGCAACUGUCAGAAGUGUAAAUAACAAGGAUGGCUAUAAUAUAUAGAGGUCUUUCACACAACCUUGGGAGGGAGGGAGGGCUGCCGCCAUCCAUCCCUCCACCUCAUCAUGUGCCCACAGGUGGUGGAGGGAGACGCUGGCAGGACACCACCACCACCACUGGUCUGUAUCUCAGGCUGCCCCAGGGUGUGAGCAUGGUGGCCGCUCUUGUUGGAGCAGCUACCAUGCUCGGCACGGCCACUCCUCUCCCCCCCCCCCCCCCGCCCCUGGCUCACUGCUGGAAAUGGCGGCAGGCUGGGGGGAAGCCAUUUAACCCAGCGGCAGUCUCCCAGAUGAUUGCCGGCCAAGCUUAAGCGAACCACAGGAACUCACCUAACUUCCCUGGUAGAUGAACAACUGCUGUCUGCCCCUCCGCCACACCACGUACCCACACAAGCAGCGGUGCAGUGGGGGGAGAUUCUGGGUGUGGGAGGACUCUUCUCCCCCACACCCCCAUAUUCUCCCCCACACCCCAGGACAUGAGUGUGGCGGCUGCUCUUGCUAGAGAGCAGGCUUGUUUAACCUUGGCUAAAUGCUGGGUUAAGAAGUGUGGCUUGGUGUGUGGGGGCAGUGCUGGGAGCAUCCUUGCUCCCCUCUGCUUCUCACACGCAGCCUAAUCCUAGCCUGGGUUAGGCUCAUGUGUGAAUGCCCUUCUGUUAAACCUCUUACUAUAAGCUAAACUUAAUAAAUACUGAUAAUAAAACAAGAUUUAGAAUGCAGUUUUAAAGUAUCAGAACACUAAGUUGGUUUAACACCAGUGCGCUCCAGUUACAUAUAGAUAUUGGUCCCAAUUCAACAGUGAUGUGUAGAGAAGUGAAGGUUGCAUACAGUUAGCUCUCUGAAAUAAGCUGCAGUUGCCUUGAUCCCCUAUUUGGGCAAGGGGGGGGGGAAAUCUUCAGUGCAAUUUGGAGCUUAUUUGAGAGGGCUGCACAUGUGAUACCUCUGCUGCUGGAUUGGGUUAGGAAAUCAAUCACACAGGAACCACUUCUGUGUGCACUUUUCCUGAUUCAGCAAUUGACAAGUGUGCAGAAAAACCUGUUUCUAUGAGCAUAUGGGAAGAACCUUUGACAGACUGUAGCUCCACUUGCUGCAGUUGAGGUUGGGCUACUGGCCAAUUCCUGCACAUGCUCCUCAAGCCAUGCACUCACUCCUUUUUACUGGAACUGGUGGGGAGACACUACCAUUUUCAAUGCUGCUGGCUCUUUUAUAUCCUAAACCAUGCAAGAGCAGGAACACUAAAGCUUGCUCCGCAUAGUACCUUGCAUUGGCAGCACGAAGCUCUAGGACUCACAGUCAGUUGACAUGAAAGUGAACUGGCAAUACUGUUAGGUCCCGUUGCUGUUCUGUGUGAAGCUGGAAUUUCCUAAAGUGCUCCCAGUACUCCUCAGCAACACAGAGAGAAAGAUUAGUAAUGGUGGAAAAGCCAUUUGUUCAGGAAGGCUAGUCCACCCUUCUCACUGAGGAAUCUCUGAAAAAACUUCCAAGGUUGCUUAGAAAAUUGUAAGAAAGCCGUGACAGUUGGAAGGGUUUAAGUCAAGAGGCUCCACCUGUGGAAUAUGGUCUGAUUUGCACAAUAGGUCAGCAAUCAAGUACAUAGGAAGUGAUCCAGGUGGCUGCACGGCAGACUCUUUAUGUGGUAUGAUUUGAGUCUUCUCCUCCCUAACAGCUAACUAAUCAGCUGGUUUAGAAACACUGAUUUACAGGGCAAUCCUAUGCAUGUUUACUUGGAAGCGAGUCUUGCUAUGUUCACUGAGACUUCUAUUCGGGUAAACUUGCGUUGGGGCUGCAGCCUUAAAAACUGCUGUCUGGCCUGUUCACUUAGGACUUUGGUCUCCUCCCUGCCCCCCCCCCCGCCCCACUGUACUGUGAACCAGAUCAGGAAAUGGGUCUGGGCCAGGGCUCCACAUUCCCAUCCCUGAUAUCGCCCUAGGUACGGACCCAGGGAAGCCAAGUGAGGACUCGGCAGGCCUUGUUGCUUCUAAUUCUGUGCAAAGGCAAGAAGCCCUGGUGCAUGCUCUGGCGUGUGCUUACAGGUGUUCUCUCUGUAUUGCAGCCACUGAGCUGUCAACCAUCCUGUCAACCAAAAGAUAGAGAUUUUAAAAUAACUUACCAUGCCAAAAAUUUUUUGACUCAGCGUAAAACCUGCUUUAGACAAUUGUUGACGCCUCUUAUUUAUUUUUGUGGUAUAUGGUAGAAAUUUUUUAGAAAACAAAUCUCCAUACACUUGAUAGAGUAAAAGUUCUGUUUGUUAUAGUGUUUUUUAAAAGCAUUGCUCUUAAUUGUAAAUAGAGAAUGGCAAAAGAUGUACAUAAUUUUUUUUGUAAGGCUUAAAAUGUUUAAUCCUGGAAAACCUGAGCAUAUAUUGUUUGCUGUUUUUGCUGCUUCCCCCCCAACAAUCCCUCUUUCUCCCCACACCCUUAUUUUUGUAUGGUGGUAUAUCCUAUGCAAAUGAUCACACAAACAGCUGUAUCUUUGAAAGAAUGAAAUGAUUUAUAUAUUAAAAAGACUUCUUUUUGGAAAAUAAAACACAAGUGCCUAAACAUA